UUCUAUUGUCAUCCAAUUUUAAUGGUCGUUAAUUUGGGUGAUUGGAUCUUUUAUUCCAAUAAUAUUGUAUUGUUUUAAUUAUAAUAUGAUAUAUUGAUAUCAAAUAUUAUCAUUUUAAAAUGUAGUUACGUGUUAUUUGUUAGUCGUUUAAAUCAUCUUAAAUACAUCCUUUUUAAUAAUAUUUACAUUAAUUAUAAAAAACAAAACCUUGAGUAUCAUUCAAUUUUGAAAUGGAUAACGACAUAACAUUUCCAAUGUUUGAUAUGCAGACAUUCUCAAAGGAAUCAUUUUCUGUCGAUGAAUUUUUAACAGAAAAUCGAAAUAAAAUGACAUUAGAAAACAUGCGAGUUGAAAUGGGAAUUUUUCUCAAAGACUUACGCAAUAAAAUGAUAAAUUCACUCAAUGAUGAUUGUGACAAAUAUUUCCAUUUAUCUAGGGGAUUAAUUGGUAUUGACCAGCAAUUAGCAACUUUAAAACCAGAAUUGAGUUUGUUAAGUAACUCUGUUAAUGAAGCCAAAAACAAUUUGGAAAAUACAUUAUGUUAUCUGGAUAAUGAAAUACAAUUAAAUAAAAAACUAUGUGAAGAUAAACAGGCAUUUCACGCUAUUGUAAAAGUUCAAAAAUCUUUAGACAAAUUAGAUGAAUUAUUAUCGGAUCAAAAUGAUUGUGAUAUAGUCAUCUUAACUCGAGCUGUGGCUGAAUAUAAUCAGCUUUUGUCAAGUAUGAAAAAAUGCAGUGAUAUUUUGAAAACAGUGCAUUUGACGAAACAAACAAUGCUAAAUGGUUUAUUAAUGAGUAAAUUGAAUGAAGCUUUUGUGUCUUCAGUGWCAACAAAUGCAAAUACAGUAAAAUGUUUUCUUGAACUUUAUUUAUCUUUGGGUAAAAUAACAUAUGCUGAAGAUGUGUGUAGGACUGAAGUUGUGACUCCAGCAAUGAAGUUAAUACUGAAUGAAAAUUAUUUACGGAGUUGUAAAGAUGGUUUAAAAGAAUUAUACGGUCAGUGCUAUAAAUUUCUUGAAGUAGAUUUKAAACAUUUACUUCAAGCUGCAGAAGAACAAAAUAAUGUAAGUAACAAGUUUUGCAAGUUCAAUUUUGUUUCAAAAAGCUUCUGGCCUGUAUUCUUUGAUCAAGUAAAAAAUAAUUUGCAUUGUAUCUAUAACUUCAGAGAACCUGAUGUUUUUAUAAAAAAUUAUAAAGUAACAUUUAAUGAAUUUAUGAAACAUUUGUUUGAAUUAUCUGCUUCACAACAUGAAAGUGAACCAUUGAACAAAGUUCAAAGUUGGAAUGAUUUUAAAAAAUGCUGGAAUUUGCCAAUUUAUUAUCAAUAUCGUUUGAUUGGUGAUAUGAGUUUACCAGAAGUAAAUGAAAUUGAAUUAAAGUUGGACAUUGCAAAACAGACAAUCCUUGUCGAUAAAGUAACAUAA